CCCGUGGAAGGUUUGGUGAGUGGUUGCAAGGCUUAUCGAAAAGGGCAAGAAGCGUUGUGUGGUUUGGUAAGAACUGGACAAGCUAAUCUGUUGAGAACUUGAAGAACAGUCAGCAGCGAAGAACAUGUGAGGUUAGGUUAGCAGAUGGAUACUGCAUCCUUCUUCCAAUUAUCAGGCAGAGUUUGAAGAACUGAAGCUUCCCAUAGCCACCGCAGUCAACAUCGUACCCGACAUCCAUGUUUUCAUUUCAUCCCUUUCAAAGAUAAUAUCACUCAUAAUGUUCAAAUCCAGAGGUAGCCAUUUCGAUUUGCCUUUCUAAAUCAAUCCAUCAAACGCAGUCUGUUCCAGUCUGAUUUCAUAGACACUGUUGUAAAUAAGAAACCAGCAGAUGAGAAUCACAAGACCGAAGUCAACCUUUUCUUCCCCGCUGCAAGAAAUGCAGAGUCAAACAUCAGUUUCUCUAAGACGACCAACCCAAGAACCCAACUUGGACUGCUAGUUCUUUCACAAGGAAGCUUGAUUCCUCAGGCAUCAUACUUCUUCCCAAACUCCUAAAUUAUAUUCUACACGCCAUCGUAGAUCUCUUGACUCAACAAAGGUACUUCUUAGUUAGUUAUCAAAUUUGAAACAUAUUCAUGCAUCAUGAAGACAAAGGUUUGGUUUCAGCUGACUUUAUUUAUAUAUAUAUAUAUAAACGUCUCCUUUAAAUUCUUACAAUGUUAGGCAUGGCUUGGAAAACUGAAGCUUCCUAUUUGGCACACCCUGACUUUGUAUGUUUUUUGUAACCUUUUGCCACUUGGCAUUUUUCCAUUUAUCCCAUGCAUCAUUCAUGUAGCUGAUAUCUUCAAUUAUAUAACUAAUUCUUCAUACCAACUAAUGAUCGAAACUGCACGUUGAGCAUGAGUUCUUCAUUUCCUUGGUCAGAAGUCCAUGAGUCAAUGUGUGACAAGAUGUAUAAGUAGGCUUUAGGAUCCGUUCUUGAACUAAAAUUUUCAUUUAGGUUUGUUAGAUAGAUUGUGUGUGCAUGAUGAUGGAAAAGAAGGGCUUAAAGUUUAGUUGUAAGCUUGUUGUGAAAUGUGUGAUUUUUGUGGUUUUGUUGAUGAACGAUACUCUGUUUCCGAGUAGUGCCUUUGCUUCGUCGGAGUACAGGGAGGCGCUUGCCGAGAGCCUUCUGUACUUUGAAGCGCAGCGCUCCGGCCGCCUCCCGUACCACCAGCGCGUUCAGUGGCGCGGCCACUCCGGCCUCACCGACGGGCUCGAGCAAGGAGUGGAUUUGGUGGGAGGAUACUACGACGCCGGCGACAACGUCAAGUUCGGCCUGCCGAUGGCGUUCACGGUGACGAUGCUGUCGUGGGGGGUGGCGGAGUACGGCGGGGACAUGGCGGCGGCCGGCGAGCUGCGGCACGCGAUGGAGGCCAUCAAGUGGGGCACCGACUAUUUCGUGAAGGCCCACACGCAGCCCCACGUGCUGUGGGCUCAGGUGGGGGACGGCGACACCGACCACGGCUGCUGGCAGCGGCCGGAGGACAUGACGACGUCGAGGAAGGCGUACAAGGUGGACGCGGAGCACCCGGGGUCGGAGGUCGCGGCGGAGACGGCGGCGGCGAUGGCCGCGGCCUCGCUGGUCUUCAAACAAACCGACCCUCACUACUCCCACGUCCUCCGGCACCACGCUCAACAGUUAUUUGAGUUCGGGGACAAGUACAGGGGGAGGUACGACGAGAGCGUGGAGUCGGCGGCGGAGUACUACCCGUCGGAGAGCGGGUACGGGGACGAGCUGCUGUGGGCGGCGCUUUGGCUGCACCGGGCGACGGGGAAAGCGGAGUACUUGGACUACGCCGUCGACAACGCGCACGCCCUUAACGGCGCUGCGUGGGCCGUGGCCGAGUUCAGCUGGGACAUCAAGCACGCCGGCGUUCAGAUUCUUGCUUCCAAGAUAUUGAUGGAGAAAGGAAGGCAAUUGGAAGAGGAGCAGGUGAAGACGUUAGAGGAGUACAGGUCCAAAGCGGAGCACUACUUGUGUGCCUGCUUGAGCAUGAACCUUGACGACGCCGACAACGUCCGCCGCACCCCCGCCGGGCUCCUCUUCGUCCGCCCCUGGAACAACAUGCAGUACGUCGCCAGCGCCGCGUGGCUGCUCACCGUGUUCGCCGACUACCUGUCGUCAGCGGGAGGAUCAGGUCUCCGCUGCGCCCGGGGCCCGGUGGGGCCCCCGGAGCUGGCGGCCCUCGCGCGGGCACAGGUGGACUACGCCCUCGGCGAAAACCCGGCGGGGAUGAGCUACCUGGUGGGGCACGGGCAGAGUUUCCCGGCGAUGGUGCACCACCGGGCGGCGUCGAGCGCGUCGCAGCGGGAGGCGAAAGCCUUCGUCGGGUGCGCGCAGGGGUAUGACGAGUGGUACGCACGCCGCGGUGCCAACCCACACAUUCUCGUCGGGGCGGUGGUGGGCGGCCCCGACGAGAGGGACGCGUUCGCCGACGGGAGGGAAAACUACAUGCAGACGGAGGCGUGCACUUACAACACAGCGCCGUUGGUCGGAGUCUUCGCCAGGCUGAGUCGCCUCGAAGGAGAUCAAAGGGACAAGACAUGAAUGCAACAGAAGAGUUUCGAUUUUUGCUGUUCAUUUUUGGGAUUCUCGUGGAAACUGGAAAUGUAAAUUAUUGUUUUUUUUUCUUUUUUUUUCUUUUUAAGAAAACAUGUAAAAUUAAAAGACGACACACACACGAAAGUAGCAAAUACAAAAUGGAAAGAAUGUAUUUUUAUUGCCUUAAAU